UUUAUCCACUGUCUUUGGUAUCAUCAAGAUGUCCGCUACAGAAGUCUAUGUGAAUCACGUGACCAUUCAGUUGGAACUUCCGUUGUCGCAACUCUUUUUAUCCAGACGGGCCUGGCUUGAUCCGUUAUUAUUAAAUUCUAUUAUAGAUCUUGUGCAUCAGUGUUUCGUAGAGGUAUAAGGACUUUAUUGUACAGCUUCGAAAAUUGUGGCCCGCCAUUAAGUAAGGGGAACAUCCCUGAUCUAUGGGUGUGUCACACAAACACCCAGUCUACUGGUAACGUCAUGCAAACGGAAAGUGAUACUAGGUGAUUUAGGGGAACUCCAGAGCUAAGCUAAGUCAAUGCUAUAACGGCGUGUUAGAAAUUCUCCAUAAAUGGUACUGUUGUUAUCAAACCGUAAUGAAACUAACGUUAUGAAACGUUAGUAACAUGCGUUAUAAUGCUUUCGAUAUUGGCUGUCUUCGGCUGUUUCGCUGUCUUCAUGGUACCAGGGCUGUGCUGUCGUGAAAAGGAAUAUGCAACAAGUAAUGGAGAGUGUUGUCCGAUGUGUCACGAAGGCACAGUUGUUAAAAGAGACUGCACACCAUUCUCAGGCACACGGUGCGUCCCCUGUGUGCAUGGCACUUAUAUGAACCAACCCAAUGGCCUCAAUAAGUGUUUCCCUUGCACCUCCUGUGACCAGGGUCUCUUUGCCAAACAGCAGUGCACAGCAACAAGUGACACUGUGUGUGGUGUUUUAGAGGGCUACUUCUGCAAAUUGAAGGAUGAUACAGGCUGUAGUUUGGCUCAAAAACAUAGACCUUGUGAAUCUGGUCACAGGAUAAAAACACCUGGAACCAACACAUCUGAUACAGAGUGUGAACCUUGUCAGCAUGGCUUUUUUUCAGAGCAUGGUGUGGACUGCACGGCUUGGACAACGUGCUCAGAAACUCAAGUAAUGAUCCAUGAAGGAGACGCGCACAGUGAUGUUGUCUGUAAAGCAACUGAGCCAAGAGUGCAUUACUUCUUAUCCAUACCUUUGUUAUUAUUAUUAUUAACAAUUGUUGGGCUUCGUAUCAAAGGUUGCUGGAACAGACAUCUGCCUGAGGAUCUUUAAGUAAGCAUCAGUCAGGGGUAUGCUGAAUAUGCAUUCAAUCCACAGUGGACCCUUUAAUAUGAGAGAACUGUCUCAACUUAAUUUCUGGCUCUCCCUGUUAGCAGACACUCAAAUCGUCGAAGUAAUUCCUCAUAUACCAGAUGAUAACAGGGAUCACAUGAUCGUCACAAGUCUGGUCUUUUUCCUACCAACAAGUAUUGUGCAACCUGUUAAUAAAAUAAUUGUAACAGAACUGAAAAGUGCACACGUAUGCAAAGCAGUCAGUUUGGAAACCAGCUGGGACGUAACAUGCACAGAAAAACAGAAGGAAAAGGCUGUGCUGACUGAAACUGCAAAGUGUUCUAAGAUAACUCAUUUAUGUAAGACGAUGAUGAGGACAGUGGCAGCGAUGCAGAAGCAUCAGAGAGGAGUAAGCACUGAGGAAAUGCUUUGUCCUCCUCACAUGCUAUAUGCUGUAAAUGUAAUUUGUACAAUGGCCCUGAAGGGCAGAGCAGAACAGCAAUAAAGAAAACAUAACUGCAGACCACAAAACGAGAUUUAGUGAGACUCAAACCGGAAUAGGUAGGUAUGUAGUGGACAACAUAUAUUACUAUAAUACUAAGUUGUAGUAUAACUAUAGAAGAUUAAAAAAAACACACAAUUUAUCCCAAGGGAAACUGCUGUAAAAGUAGGAGUGCAAAUAUAAAUGCCAAACAUUCAUGUUAUAGCCAGUCUGCAAAGCCAGGGGUCAGUAUGCCUGGGUCCCCGUCCCUGCCUGCUGCAUGGCACACAGUGCACCUGAGCCUGAUGCCUGAACCUGACCAAGCCCCAUGACUGAAAGCCCAGCCACCAGACACUCUCCAGCAAGCUCCUCCCUCAGGUCUGGCCCAAUGUCCCCACACAAUGUACUCAUUUUCUGAGUAUGCUCUCCCAUAACGGUCGUGUUGAAUCGCUCUUUGUCUGGCCCCUACCCAGGGACUUUAUCUUGGGAGAUCCUACCAGGAGCUGUUUGCCCUGGACAACACAGCUCCCACAAUCAUGGGGUUAAGCAAAUCCCUCGACCAUGACCAGGUGGUGAUUUUUGGAUUCUCUAGAUUCAAACCCUCACCUGUGGUCAUGAGCUUGGGGUGCUGACCAAAAGAAUGAGAUUGCAGAUCCAUGUGGCUGUAAUGAGUUGAGCUACUGCUGCUGGUCGAGGGACCAGUUGAGGUGGUUCAGGCAUCUGAUCAGGAUCCUCCUGGGUACCCUCCCAUUAGAGGUACUCAGGGCACAUCCAACUGGUAGGAGGCUGAGGGUGGACCCAGAACACGCUUGAGGGGUUGCAUAUUUCUUCUGGGCUGAGAGUGCCUUUGUGAUUUAGCCUGAGAGCAGAGCCGAUCUUCCUUCAGGCGCCAUUUGUGUGUAGACCUAUUGUUUGUGGGACAGAUGUAAAGCUCUGGUAGCCCUACACUAAAGUGAUCAACUUCUUCUCCAUAUUUAUCACAGACUGAUAUUUACAGAUGAAGGGAAAGAUGUCCGUCAGUUGUGAGUGGUUGUUCCUCGUCACAUGAUCACUGCUGCACUCCAAAAAGUUGAACUCUGAUUGUCUCAGGGCGCAGCCAUUGCACCCUCAAAAUAAUCAACACGUGUGCGCUGUGACAGCAUCGCUUUGGUGUUUGAGUGCACCUGCCAUGCGUGUGCAUUGAAAACAAUGAAUUUGACGGUGAAACUUAAAUAAAUCUAUUCUGAGGCAUAUUUGUUUUGUUAAAACAUUGUCCACACUUAAUCUUCUCUUGUUUCUUAGUGAACAAAAGCAUCUGGCUAAUUAUGAUCCAUAAGUCAGUCACAUUGUUCAGUUUAUCUUUCUCUGCACAGCAUUUCCUCAUUAACACAUUGAUUUCAUGUUUCACUCUUUGUCUAACUCUUUGUAAUUGCACUCUUCCCACUUUGUAAUCCAUUACGGCAUAGUAAUUCCCUCAGGAGAAAUACUCUGUGUGUCACAGGCUGACAGAUAGUGCAUCCAAUCACUGACAGUGAUUCCAUUUUUUAUUUUUUAUUUGGAUCUCUUUUAGCUCAAUGGCUAUUCCUCCAAGAGCCCAGAGGAAUCAUUCUUUAAAAGGAACCUAUUCUGGUUGGAGUCUUACCAAAUCAUGUUACAGUUGUGUGGUUUGUUGUUGGGUUUCCUCUUUUGCUGUUGUGCUUUGCCCUUUGUGGCCUCUGUAAAUAUGUUUGUCAUAUUAUAUAGAUAUAGUGUUUAUGUUUUUGUUUGGUUGUUGUAAUGUAGUUUUGUGCUGAUACGUUUUUCAUGUCACCAUUGGAACCAAAACAUAAAAAACAGGAAACGGAAAAAAACAAAUGUCAGACCCUGUGGUGUGUGUGUGUGUGUGUGUGUGUGUGUGUGUUUUAUUUAUUUAUUAAAUUUCAAAGGAUCAAAGUAGAAAUUUGUGAAACAUUCAUGCAGAAUUUAAUUAAUUAAACACAAACUUUCAAAUCAUGGGUUCAUAUUUACAAAUUCUGAGUGUUGCAGAUAGAAAGAGAUGACAUUAUAACAUAACCAAACAUAACUUUUUGCCCCGCUGCCCAGACAUAAAAGGGGGCUAGAAAAGUCCAGCACUCUUGGGAUUUUGACAAACCAGGCAGUCUCAAACUUUUUCAUGUCAAAACCAAAACAGGUGCACAAUAGACCACAGGUCCAUGUUUGAGAGGAUUUUGUCUGAAAGACUCCCCUCUAAAAAAAGAUGCAUUCCCUGCAAGUUAGUGUAAUAAACAUGAAAUUAAUCUACUUGUUGUGGUGUGAAGCUCCCCCAGGGACCCCUGGUGGUCUUCGAAUCCCAGUUAGUAAAUCAAUCUUCUUCUUCUUCUCCUUCUUCUUCUCAGCCACUCGAUAACCACAUUACAAAGUGGAUAAAAUAUUGAUGUCGCAUGAAUCAAUACAUACAUAGAUGCAUAGAUACUAAAUCAAUAACAGGAUUUCAAAAAUGAUACUAAGCCUAUUAUCAGUGGCAUCAACACUACACCCUAUAACCCAGUUUGUUUGUUUUAAUACUGAAACAACUAAAGUUUUAAUCGUAAUUGCAAGAUUGCAAAGCACAAUACGAGCACAUAUUCUUUGUGUUAUUUCCUCCCCCAGUAGCAGUUGUCAAAAAACAAAAAAAAAAAAGUUUUGUCUCUUUUUCUCUUGCUGUAACAAAGCUGUGCCUUGAUACUUUUUUUUAUCUGUUUUUAAUCUUUUUCAAUAAAAUUUCACUGUUGAAAUACAUAA